AUGACUAAAGUUCUAAUUUUCUCCUUUGUUCACUGGAUUGUUAUUGCAAGACGUUGUACAAUUUUCUAAAAUGCAAUUGCUUACAGUCUGUUUUUGAUGUUAUCAUGUCGCCGAGCACUUGGGCUUCCACUGGAAGAGCCCGGUAGGUAUGUGGAUCCAAGUGCUUUUGGAAAGGAUCAGUAUGAUCCUGAUAGUCCCUUGUAUAGAUAUGACUACUGGGGUGAGCCAAAGAACUCAGAGAAGAGCAAGCAGGAGCGAAUGACGGAUGUUCACAAUAAAUCUAUUGUUGGUAAAGGUACUGUUUGGUAUGAAAUGGCAUAUGAAGAUGCCGUCAAGGUUCGGAUGCAGAUGGAGGCUCAAGGAAUAGUGCGGGAAUUGUAUGAUGAAGAUUCUGACAGCGAUGAAGUUGGUACAGAUGAUGACGAUGAUGAUGAAGAAGACUUUGAUUACAGCAUCCUUGGCGACCCAAGUGCGAAUGUAUCCAACCAACCUUACGUCAAUGGGACUGAAUCUCGGCUAUCAGAUGAAGGAAUGUUUGAGGAUUAGUCACAGAUAAAGUAGACUGAUAGCAACAACACUGUAUUAGUAUUUGUACAGUUAGGGACUUCAUGAAAACGGAGGCAAUAGGUGAGCUUACUCAUUCUUACUGAAAAACGGGCUGUUAUAGUGUUGUCAUCAAGAAAGAUGCACUUGUUGCUGUCAAUAGAAAAUCAAACAAUUUUGUCUUCAA